GGCUUUGGAUUAGCUCUAUGCUAAUAUCGGCAGGAGAGGAGAAACACCGCGUCGCUGCGUUCUGUCAGUGGUGGCUCUCAGAGUCUAAGACUCCUCAACAGCCAUGGCUGAGGGUGGAGAAGGGGAAGAUGAAAUUCAGUUCUUAAGAACUGAUGAUGAAGUGGUUGUGCAGUGUGUCGCUGCAAUCAGGAAAGAGAACUGCAAGUUUUGCCUGGCAGCGGAGGGACUUGGGAACCGACUCUGCUUCCUAGAACCGACCUCUGAGGCUAAGUAUGUCCCUCCAGACCUGUGCGUGUGCAGCUUCGUGCUGGAGCAGUCGCUGUCAGUGCGAGCCUUGCAGGAGAUGCUGGCCAAGACUGGCCCCGAAGGCCUAGGGACUCCUGGUCAUGAAAAAUGGGCGGUGCAAGGGGGCGGACACCGGACACUCCUGUAUGGUCACGCCAUCUUACUAAGGCAUUCCUUCAGCGGAAUGUAUCUUACGUGUCUGAAGACGUCAAGGUCCCAGACAGACAAGCUGUCAUUUGACGUGGGCCUGCAGGAAGACACAGUCGGAGAGGCCUGCUGGUGGACUAUCCACCCUGCAUCCAAGCAGAGGUCAGAAGGUGAAAAGGUCCGCAUCGGUGAUGAUCUUAUUUUGGUCAGUGUGGCUUCAGAGAGAUACCUGCACCUGUCCAUGUCCAAUGAAAACGUAACGGUGGAUGCCUCCUUCAUGCAGACUCUCUGGAAUGUUCAGCCAACCUGCUCAGGCAGUAAUGUAGCAGUAGGUUAUGUGCAGGGUGGUCAGGUAAUGCGCCUGUUUCACGGGCAUGAUGAGAGCCUCACCAUACCAGGAGAAGAGAAGGGUGUGGACCAGAGGAUAGUGAAUUAUGAAGCAGGUAAAGGAGGCUCAAGAGCCAAGUCACUGUGGAGACUGGAGCCUCUUCGGAUCAGUUGGAGUGGAGGUAACCUCAGAUGGGGGCAGCCCUUCCGUCUCCGCCACCUCUCAACGGGCCACUACCUGGGCCGGACAGAGGACCAAGGCCUGGUUCUGCUGGACCGCGAGCAGUCCAACACCAAGGCCACGGCAUUCUGCUUCAGGUCCUCGAAGGAAAAAGUGGAGUCCGGCCCGAAGCGAGACGUGGAAGGCAUGGGGGUGGCGGAGAUUAAGUACGGCGACUCCGUCUGCAUCGUCAUGCACGUGGCCACGGGGCUUUGGGUGUCUUAUCAAGCGCCCGAUUCAAAAUCCUCUCGCCUCGGGCCCCUCAGGAGAAGGGUUGUCCUGUACCCAGAGGGCCACAUGGACGACGGGCUGAUCCUGCAGCUCUGCCAGCACGAGGAGUCCAGGGCCGUGCGCAUCAUCCGCAACACCACCCUCCUCUUCAGUCAGUUCAUCAAGGCUCUGGACAGCCUGGGCGGGGAGAAGAGCAACGAGGUGAGCCUGCCCGUGGGUGAGGUGCUGGAGACUCUGAACGACCUCAUCGCCUACUUCCAGCAGCCCGACUCGGAGCUGGAGCACGAGGAGAAGCAGCGGCAGCUGCGCUCCCUCAUCAAGCGCCAGGACCUCUUCAAGGAGGAGGGAAUGCUAACGCUACUCUCCAACUGCAUCGACCGUCUGAAUGUCUACAACAGCGCUGCCCACUUUGAGGAGUUAGCUGGAGCAGAGGCCGGAGAGGCCUGGAAGGACAUUCUGAACCUCCUAUACGAGCUCCUGGCUUCCCUCAUUCGUGGGAACAGAACCAACUGCACGCAGUUUUCCCGCAAGCUGGACUGGCUAGUCAGCAAACUGGAGAGGCUCGAGUCUUCAUCAGGGAUCCUUGAGGUUCUCCACUGCAUUCUGGUGGAGAGUCCAGAGGCCCUGAACAUCAUCCAGAAAGCACACAUUAAAUCCAUCAUCUUUCUGCUGUACAAGCACGGCCGCAACCACAAGAUUCUGGACAUCCUCUGCUCGCUCUGCGUUUGCAAUAGUGUGGCAGUACGAGCCAAUCAGAACUUCAUCUGUGACCACCUCCUCCCUCGGCGAGAUCUGCUCCUGCAAUCACGAAUGGUCAAUGAUGUCCAGAGUAUGCGACCCAACAUCUUCCUGGGCAUUAACGAGGGAUCAGCCCAGUAUAAGAAGUGGUACUUUGAGCUGAUGAUCGACCAGGUGGACCACUUCGUGACCAGCGAGCCCACCCACCUUCGCGUUGGCUGGGCCACCACCGAAGGCUAUGCCCCGUACCCUGGGGGCGGAGAGGGGUGGGGAGGGAAUGGCGUGGGCGACGACCUCUACUCCUACAGUUUCGAUGGGCUACACCUUUGGUCAGGUCGUAUUCCCAGGGCGGUGGCCUCCGUCAACCAGCACCUGCUGACUGCGGAUGACGUGGUGAGCUGCUGCCUGGACCUGGGCGCCCCCAGCAUGUCCUUCCGCAUCAACGGGCAGCCAGUGCAGGGCAUGUUUGAAGACUUCAACAUGGACGGCUUGUUCUUCCCUGUUGUCAGCUUCUCAGCAGGGGUCAAGGUGCGCUUCCUGCUGGGUGGCCGCCAUGGCGACUUCAAGUUCCUGCCGCCUGCCGGUUAUGCCCCGUGCUACGAGGCCCUGCUCCCCAAGGAGAAGAUGUGCAUCGAGCCCGUGAAGGAGUACAAGCGUGAUCACGAGGGGGUCCGAAACCUGCUGGGCACCACGAAACUCCUCUCCCAAGCCUCCUUCAUCCCCAUCCCCGUGGACACCAGCCAGACUGUUCUGCCACCUCACCUAGAGCAUGUGAGGGACAGGCUCGCUGAAAACAUCCAUGAGCUGUGGGGCAUGAACAAAAUCGAACUCGGCUGGACGUAUGGCAAGGUGCGAGACGACAACAAGAGACAGCAUCCCUGUCUCAUUGACUUCUCCAAGUUGCCCGAAACCGAAAUGAAUUAUAACCUGCAGAUGUCAUCCGAGACAUUAAAGACCCUACUGGCUUUGGGGUGCCUGGUGUCCCACAUCAACCCCAGUGCAGAGGAGGAUCUGAAGAAAAUCAAACUUCCUAAGAACUAUGUGAUGUCCAAUGGUUAUAAACCCACGCCACUGGACCUUUCUGACGUGAAGCUGAAUCCAGGUCAGGACGUUCUGGUAGAUAAACUGGCCGAGAACGCUCACAACGUUUGGGCCAAAGAUAGAAUCAAACAAGGAUGGACCUAUGGCAUCCAGCAGGAUCUGAAGAGCAGACGCAAUCCUCGCCUGGUGCCAUAUGCUUUACUAGACGAACGCACUAAGAGAUCCAACCGCGACAGUCUCCGCGAGGCUAUUCGAACACUGGUCGGAUAUGGCUACAACAUCGACCCUCCAGACCAAGAGACUGCCCACGGACUAGCGAGGCAGAGCACUGAAGCGAUCCGCUUCUUCCGCGUGGAGAAGACCUACGCCGUCACCACUGGGAAGUGGUACUUUGAGUUUGAAGCUUUGACAGGUGGAGACAUGCUAGUGGGCUGGGCCAGACCUGGCUGCAGGCCUGACGUAGAGCUGGGAUUGGAUGAGCUGUCUUACGUGUUUGAUGGUUUUCGGGGUCGACGUGUGCACCGGGGAAGUCGUAUCUUUGGUCGCAGCUGGAGCAAGGGUGAUGUGGUCGGGUGUAUGAUCAAUAUGGAGGACAAGUCCAUGAUCUUCACUCUGAAUGGAGAAAUUCUCAUCACCAACAAUGGCUCUGAGCUGUGCUUUGCUGACUUUGAGACAGAGGACGGGUUCAUCCCAGUGUGUAGCCUGGGACUCUCCCAGAUUGGACAUAUGAACUUGGGGAAGGAUGCCAGCACCUUUAAGUACUACACCAUGUAUGGCCUCCAGGAGGGAUUCGAGCCCUUCGCCGUCAACAUGAACCGGGAAGUCACCAUGUGGUUCAGCAAACGCCUCCCUACCUUUGUCAUUGUGCCAGAGGAGCACCCUCACAUUGAGGUGACCAGAAUUGAUGGCACUGAGGACACUCCCCCAUGCCUUAAGGUGACGCAUAAGACCUACGGCACACAGUCGAGCAACAAUGACAUGGUGUUCUGUCGCCUGAGCAUGCCAGUGGAGUUUUAUCACGGGCCUAGAAUGAACACCGAAGUUACCGAGGGAACCGAAGCUCCCAAAAAAGAGGAUGGGAAAAUAGAUUAUGGGAGCAUCACAAAGUACUAUUACUCUCUGAGAGUAUUUGCUGGUCAGGACCCUAACUCUGUGUGGGUUGGGUGGGUUACCCCUGACUACCACUACUACACCAAGAAUUUCAGCCUCAGCAAAAUCCGCACCGUCACUGUAACACUUGGAGACGAGCGAGGCCGUGUCCACGAGAGUGUGAGGCGGAGUAACUGCUACAUGGUGUGUUGCGGGGACAUUGUACGUGGCUUGUCCUCCGCCCGCUCCAAUGUUGACCUGGAGAUCGGCUGCUUUAUAGACCUGGCCUCUGGUCUCGUCUCCUUCACUGCCAAUGGCAAGGAGUUGCCCACCAGUUACCAGGUGGAGCCCAAUACCAAGCUCUUUCCGGCCACAUUCGUAAAGCCAACAAGUCCAAAUCUACUCCAGUUUGAAUUUGCAAAGGUUCAGGAUGCCAUGCCCUUGUCGUCUGCCAUCUUUAAGAGCCUGCACAGGAACCCGGUGCCCCAGUGCCCGCCGCGGCUGGGCGUGCAGACCAUCGUGUCGGUGCUGUGGAGCCGCAUGCCCAACACCUUCCUGGCGGUGGAGACGGCACGGGUGAGUGAGCGCCACGGCUGGGUGGUGCAGUGCCUGGACGCCCUGCAGAUGUUGGCCGUGCAUAUCCCAGAGGAGAACAGGUGUGUUGACAUCUUGGAGCUGUCGGAGAACGAGACCCUGCGUCAGUUCCACUACCACACGCUGAAGCUCUACGGCGCCCUCUGCGCUCUGGGCAACACGCGCGUGGCCCACGCCCUCUGCAGCCACCUGGACCAAUCCCAGCUCCUCUACACCAUCGACAACCAGUACCUCACCGGCCAGCUGCGCGAGGGCUUCUACGACGUGCUCAUCAGCAUCCACCUGGACACGGCCAAGGAGGCACGCCUGAUGAUGAAGGACGAGUACAUCAUCCCCGUCACUGCGGAGACGAACAGCAUCCGGCUGUUCCACGACAAGUCCAAGAACCACACGCUGCCUGGCGUGGGCCUGAGCACCACGCUGACGCCCAAGCUGACUUUCACGCCGACCUGCUUCAUCAGCACCAAGCGCGAGCAGCACCGGUGCAGCCCGCUGAUACCGCUGGCCAAGCUCAAGGCCAAGGCCAUCUCCAUGCUCACCGAGGCCGUGCAUGGCGGCGGCGUGCACAUACGCGACCCUGUAGGGGGCAGCGUGGAGUACCAGUUCGUGCCCAUCCUCAAGCUCAUCGGCACGCUGCUCAUGAUGGGAGCGCUCACCAGCGAGGAGGUGCGCCUCGUGCUCCUCCUCAUCGAGCCCAACGUCUUCCGGGACGCCGAGGAGGAGCCAGCGGUGGAGGCUGCCCCCGUGAAGGAGGAGGUGACCAGCAAUGAGGGGAAGGCAGUGGAGGCUGGGGAGGAGGAGGCCAAAGAGGCCAAGCAGUCUGCGAAGAGCCUCCUGGAAAAGCACCUGCCCGAGUCUGUUAAACUGCAGAUGUGUGAGCUGCUGCACUACUUCUGUGACUGUGAGCUCAAGCAGCGUAUCGAAGCUAUCGUGGCCUUCGCUGACACCUUCGUGUCCAAGCUGCAGUACAACCAGAAGUUCAGAUACAACGAGCUGAUGCUGGCUCUCAACAUGUCCGCUGCCGUCACUGCCAAGAAGACCAGAGAGUUCCGCUCUCCUCCCCAGGAACAGAUUAAUAUGCUGCUCAACUUCGCCCUUGGGGACGACUGCCCAUGCCCUGAGGAGAUUCAAGAAGAUCUGCUUGUUUUCCAUGACGACUUGCGAAUACACUGUGGAAUCCCAAUUGACGAGGAGGAUGAGGAGCCGGACACGUCCAUCAAAGGCCGCCUGAUGGCCCUGGUCUACAAAAUCAAGGGCCGGCCUCAGAAAACAGAAGAGGAACCAACAGAGCAGGAACAAGCCGCUCCCACCAACCUGAAGGAGCUGAUCUCACAAACCAUGGUGACCUGGGCGCAGGAGUGCCUUGUCCAGGACCCGCAGCUGGUGCGCACGAUGUUCAGCCUGCUGCGGCGGCAGUACGACGGCAUCGGCGAGCUUCUGCGCUCCAUGAAGAAGAGUUACACCAUCAGCGCCGCCUCCGUGCAGGACUCCACCAACCUGAUGGCCUCGCUCGGCCAGAUCCGCUCGCUGCUCAGCGUGCGCAUGGGCAUCGAGGAGGAGAAGCUCAUGAUUGACGGGCUGAGUGACAUCAUGAACAACAAAGUGUUCUACCAACACCCCAACCUGAUGAGGGUACUGGGGAUGCAUGAGACAGUCAUGCAAGUCAUGGUCAACGUCCUGGGAGGAGACAAGUCUCACAUCGCCUUCCCCGCCAUGGUGGCCAGCUGCUGCCGAUUCCUGUGUUACUUUUGUCGGAUCAGCCAGCAGAACCAGAAGGCCAUGUUUGACCACCUGAGCUACCUACUGGAGAACAGCAGCGUAGGGCUGGCCUCCCCUGCCAUGCGGGGCUCCACGCCCCUGGAUGUGGCGGCGUCCUCCGUGAUGGAUAAUAAUGGGCUUGCCCUGGCCCUGGAGGAGCCCGAGCUGGAGAAGGUGGUGACAUACCUGGCUGGGUGUGGGCUUCAGAGCUGCCUCAUGCUGGUGGCGAAGGGGUACCCCGACAUCGGAUGGAACCCCAUGGAAGGAGAGCGCUACCUGUCCUUCCUGCGCUUCGCCGUCUUCGUCAACGGUGAGAGCGUGGAGGAGAAUGCCAACGUCGUGGUGAAGCUUCUGAUCCGGCAUCCUGAGUGUUUCGGCCCGGCCCUGAGAGGGGAGGGAGGCCAAGGCCUGCUGGCAGCCAUGGAGGAGGCCAUCACCAUCUCCGAGGAUCCAGCCCUGGACCUCCCCACCUUACCCGAGGGAGGAGUACCAGAGGCUGUUGAGGGUGAGGAGGAGGAGGAGGUGGCUCACAUGGGCAACUCCAUCAUGUCCUUCUACUCCGCCCUCAUCGACCUGCUGGGACGCUGUGCCCCUGAGAUGCAUCUCAUCAGCAAGGGCAAAGGGGAAGCCCUACGUGUCCGUGCCAUCCUGCAGUCUCUGGUGCCAACCGUUGACCUUGUGGGCAUCAUCAGCAUACCACUCAAAAUGCCCGUUGCCAAUAAAGACGGCUCGGUUACAGAGCCAGAUAUGUCGGCCAGCUUCUGCCCCGAGCACAAGGCGCCGAUGGUCCUCUUCCUGGACCGUGUGUACGGUAUUGUGAACCAGGGCUUCCUGCUGCACCUGCUGGAGGUGGGCUUCCUGCCGGACCUGCGCGCCUCCGCCACUCUGGACACGGACUUACUGAGCACCACAGAGACGGCCCUGGCGAUGAACCGCUACAUCGGCUCGGCGCUGCUCCCCCUGCUGACGCGCUGCGCCCACCUGUUCUCCGGCACCGAGCACUACGCCGCGCUCAUCGACUCCACACUGCACAUCAUCUACCGCCUGUCCAAGGGCCGCUCGCUCACCAAGGCCCAGAGAGACGCCAACGAGGAGUGCAUCGUCGCCAUCUGCUCACACCUGCGUCCCUCCAUGCUUCAGCAGCUCCUGAGGCGUCUGGUGUUUGACGUGCCCCUGCUCACGGAGUACUGCAAGAUGCCCAUCAGGCUCCUGACCAACCACUUCGAGCAAAACUGGAAGUACUACUGCCUUCCCACGGGACUGGGGAGCUACGGCGUCGCCUCUGAGGAGGAGCUGCUGCUCAUCAAGAAGCUCUUCUGGGGACUCUUUGAUGCCCUGUCCCAGAAAAAAUAUGACUCGGACCUCUUCAAGCUGGCCAUGCUGGGCCUGUGUUCCAUUUCUGGGGCGCUGCCACCCGACUUUGUGGACGCCAGCCCCAGCUCCACCUUAGAGAAGCAGGUCUCUGUGGACACCCAGGGGAACUUUGACCCCAAACCCAUCAGCACGGCCAACAUUUCCCUUCCGGAAAAGCUGGACUACAUUGCCAACAAGUAUGCUGAGCAUUCCCACGAGAAAUGGUCUUCCGAGAAGUUGGCACUAGGCUGGAAACGCGGAGAGAAAGUGGACAACGAGGCCAAAACCCAUCCAUUACUGCAGCCGUAUAAAUCACUGAGUGAAAAGGAAAGGGAGACAUAUCGCUACCCAGUCAAAGAGUCCCUGAAGAGCAUGCUUGCUUUGAACUGGAACAUCGAAAGGACCAAAGAAGGGGAAGCCAUGUUUCAGCAGCGGGAGAGCGAGAAACAGCGCAAGAUCUCCGAGAGUGGAGCAUAUACGCCAACACCACUGGGUCUGGACAAUGUGGUUUUGUCUAGAGAGUUGCAGGGCAUGGUGGAGAUUGUGGCCGAAAACUACCACAACAUCUGGGCCAGGAGGAAGAGGACUGAGCUCAUGAGCAAAGGAGGAGGCACCCACCCUCUUCUGGUGCCCUAUGACACGCUGACGGCCAAGGAGAAGUUCCGCGACCGGGAGAAGGCCCAGGAGCUUUUCAAAUUCCUGCAGGUCAACGGCUACGCCAUUAGCAGAGGUCAGUGGGACAUGGAGCAGGACUCCUCUGCCGCCAUGGAAAAGAGGUUUGCCUCCAAGUUCCUCAAGAGGCUGCUGGGAUAUGUGGACUCCGCCCAGGAGUUCAUCGCCCACCUGGAGGCCAUGGCUUCCAGUGGCAAAACCGACAAAUCACCUCACGAGCAAGAGAUUAAAUUCUUCGCCAAGGUCCUGCUGCCUCUGAUUGACCAGUACUUGAAGAACCACUGCCUCUAUUUCCUGUCCACACCCAGCAAGAACCUCAGCAGCAGUGGCUACGCCACCAACAAAGAGAAGGAGAGGCUUGCUAGUCUGUUCUGUAAGCUGGCAGCUCUUGUCAGACAUAGGAUUUCUCUCUUUGGUGGAGAUUCACCCACGAUCGUGAGCUGCCUGCACAUCUUGGCUCAGUCCCUGGACUUCAGGACGGUGAUGAAGUCGGGCUCAGAGAUGGUGAAGGCCGGCGUGCGGACAUUCUUCGAGAACGCAGCGGAGGACCUGGAGAAGACGAUGGAAAACCUGAAGCUGGGCAAGAUGGCCCAGCGUAGCCAGAUGAAGGGCGUGUCCCAAAUCAUCAACUACACCACCGUGGCCCUGCUGCCCAUCCUCAACGCACUGUUCGAGCACGUCACCCAGCACCACUUCGGCGCAGACCUGUUGGUGGAUGAUGUGCAACUGUCCUGUUAUCGGAUCCUGACGUGUCUCUACUCUCUGGGCACCGCCAAGAAUUCAUACGUUGAGAAGCAGCUGCCGGCCUUGGGUGAGUGUUUGUCCACCGUGGUGGGCGCCAUGCCCGUGGCCUUCCUGGAGCCGGAGCUGAACGCGCACAACCCCCUGUCUGUGUUCAACACCAAGACCCCGCGCGAGAGAGCCAUCCUGAGCAUGCCUGAUACGGUGGAGGAGAUGUGUCCCGAGAUGCCGGAGCUGAACGGCCUGCUGAAGGACAUCAGCGACCUGGCCGAGUCGAGCGCCCGCUACUCUGACAUGCCACAGAUCAUUGAGGUGACCCUGCCCAUGCUGUGCACCUACCUGUCCAACUGGUGGCAGCAGGGCCCGGACAACAGCAGCGACAGCAGCAGCUGCUGCACCCACAUCGCCUCCGAGCACCUCAGCACCAUCCUGGGCAACAUCCUCAAGAUCCUCAACAACAACCUGGGCAUAGACGACGCACCCUGGAUGAAGCGGCUGGCAGUGUAUACCCAGCCAAUCAUCAGCAUGGCAGGGUCGGACCUCCUGAAGAGUCACUUCCUGCCCACUCUGGAGAAGAUGAAGAAGAAGACGGUUAAGGUGGUGUCCGAGGAGGAGGCUCUGAAGGCCGAAACCAAGAACGAUACCCAGGAAGCUGAGCUGCAGGUCCUGGACGAGUUUGCUGUGCUCUGCAGGGACCUGUAUGCCUUCUACCCCAUGCUCAUCAGCUACGUGGACAACUACAGAUCCAAGUGGCUGAAGGAGCCUGAUGCUGACUCCACCAUGCUCUUCAACAUGGUGGCUGAGGUCUUCAUUCUCUGGUGUAAAUCCUAUAACUUCAAGAGGGAGGAGCAGAACUUUGUGGUCCAGAACGAAAUCAACAACCUGGCCUUCCUGAUUGGAGACUCCAAGACCAAGUCAGGAGGCCAGGACGGGGAGCGUAAAGGCCGGCGGAGGAAGGGGGAGCUCUACUCGGUGCAGACCUCCCUCAUCGUGGCCGCCCUCAAGAAACUGCUGCCCAUCGGCCUCAACAUGUGCACGGCAGGAGACCAGGAGCUCAUCACUCUGGCCAAGAUCCGCUACGGCCUGAAAGACACCGAUGAUGAGGUCAAAGAGCAGCUACGUCUGAACCUUCAUCUUCAGGAGAAGUCUGAGGACCCUGCGGUGCAAUGGCAGCUGAACCUGUACAGGGACGUGGUGGUGAAGAGCGAGGGGCCCCCUGACCCAGAUCAGACAGUGGAGAGGGUGCAGGGCCUCUCAGCCGCCCUCUUCCAUCUGGAGGCGGUGGAGCUGCCGCUGAGGAACAAGAAGGGUGCGGUGCAGAAGCUCUUGUCCAAACAGCGCAAGCGUGCUGUGGUGGCCUGCUUCCGCAUGGCUCCCCUUUACAACAUACCCAGGCAUCGCUGUAUUAACCUCUACUUCAUGGCCUACCAGAGGUUCUGGAUAGAGGCAGAGGAGUACUUUUUUGAGGAGAAGCUAGUGCAGGACCUUGCCAAAACCCCAAUAAAGGUGGUGGAGGAGGAGGAGGAGGAGGAGGCGGAGCUAAAGCCAGAUCCUCUGCAUCAGCUCAUCCUCCACUUCAGUCACAAUGCUCUCACAGAGAAGAGUCAACUGGAUGAAGACCCUUUGUAUAUUGCAUAUGCAGACAUGAUGGCUAAGAGUUGUGCAGAAGACGAGGAGGAGGAGGAAGAUGAGGAAGGUUCUAAGACCUUUGAGGAAAAAGAGAUGGAGAAGCAGAAGAUACUGUACCAGCAGGCCAGACUUCAUGCGCGCGGUGCAGCAGAGAUGGUGCUGCAGAUGAUCAGCUCCAGUAAAGGCCAUCUGGGGCCAAUGGUGACUGGAACCCUCAAACUGGGUAUCUCAAUUCUCAGUGGUGGGAACGUGAUUGUCCAGCAGAAAAUGCUGGACUACCUGAAAGAAAAAAGAGAUGCAGGCUUUUUCAAAAGUUUAUCUGGACUCAUGCAAGCUUGCAGUGUCCUGGACCUGAAUGCAUUUGAGAGACAGAACAAAGCAGAGAGUCUUGGCAUGAUGUCUGAAGAAGGCUCAAGCGGCUCGAGAGAGAAGGGUUCCAAAGUGCUGCUGAAUGAUGACUUCACCAAGGAUUUGUUUAGGUUCCUGCAGCUCCUCUGUGAGGGCCACAAUGCCGAUUUCCAGAACUUCUUGCGUAACCAGACUGGUAACACCGCCACAGUAAAUAUUAUCAUCAGCACUGUGGACUAUCUACUCCGUCUUCAGGAAUCCAUCAGUGAUUUCUACUGGUAUUACUCUGGAAAAGAUGUCAUGGAUGAAGCUGGCCAGUUCAACUUCGCCAAAGCCCUUAAUGUUGCUAAGCAGGUUUUCAACUCACUCACUGAGUACAUUCAGGGGCCCUGCAUUGGGAACCAGCAGAGCUUGGCGCACAGCAGGCUGUGGGACGCAGUGGUGGGAUUCCUUCAUGUGUUUGCCAACAUGCAGAUGAAGCUAUCACAGGAUUCAAGUCAAAUUGAGCUGUUAAAGGAAUUGAUGGAUCUGCAAAAAGAUAUGGUGGUUAUGAUGCUGUCUCUCCUUGAGGGCAACGUGGUGAAUGGAACUAUAGGGAAACAGAUGGUGGAUACGCUGGUAGAAUCUUCUAGCAAUGUGGAGAUGAUCCUCAAGUUCUUUGACAUGUUCCUCAAACUGAAAGACCUGACGACAUCUGACAAUUUCAAGGAGUACGAUCCCGACAGGAAAGGGUUCAUAUCCAAGAAGGAGUUCCAGAAGGCCAUGGAAAACAAGAAGCAGUACACGCAAUCUGAGAUCGAGUUCCUCCUCUCUUGUGCGGAAGCUGACGAGAACCACAUAGUAAACUAUGAGGAGUUCGUGGACCGCUUCCAUGAGCCCGCCAAAGACAUCGGCUUCAACGUAGCCGUCUUGCUCACCAAUCUGUCUGAGCAUAUGCCACACGAUAGCCGCUUGUCCACUUUCCUCGACCUUGCCGAGAGUGUCCUUAGUUACUUCGAGCCAUACCUUGGUCGCAUAGAGAUCAUGGGCAGUGCCAAAAGGAUUGAGAGGAUCUACUUUGAAAUUAGCGAGUCAAGUCGCACCCAGUGGGAGAAGCCACAGGUCAAGGAAUCCAAGCGCCAGUUUAUCUUUGACGUGGUUAACGAGGGUGGUGAGAGCGAGAAGAUGGAGAUGUUUGUCAACUUCUGCGAGGACACCAUCUUUGAGAUGCAGCUGGCCUCACAGAUCUCUGAGCCAGAUGCCCUUGAACGCACUGGGGAGGAAGAGGAGGAGGAGGAUGAAGAUGAAGAGGAGGAGGAGGGCCUGGAAUUCCAGUCCGCUUUCUCGGCAGCCUGCACCUCGGUGAAGCGAAAAAUCUCCAACUUCCGUCAGAUGCUGACCUUCCGCAGCAUGGGCAAGCAGUUCAAGACUAUCAAGAAGCUCACUAUCCGCGAGAUGAUCUCUGGUUUCUUUGGGUUCUUCUGGAUGCUCUUUAUGGGCUUCUUCAAAGGCAUCUAUAGCGUGAUCUUUGGCUUCUUCCACAUUAUUUGGACGUCCAUCUUUGGUGGAGGGCUAGUCGAGGGUGCUAAAAACAUAAAAGUGACUGACAUCCUAGGCAACAUGCCCGACCCGACUCAGUUCGGAAUUCACGGCGAUGUUCUGGAGGCAGAGAAGGCGGACAGUAACGAGUUGGUGGCGACGGCGGACAUAGUGCAGAUGACGAGCGGCGAGCCCAUGGAGGUGGACCUCAUGAUGGAGCUAAUGGGGGGGCCGGGCAAACGAGAAGGCAAACUCGGGCUAGAACUGGGCCUGGGUGACGUCUGCGAGAUCAAGCCUGCCGAGUCUGCCACCACAACGGCAGAGAAAAAGAAGAGCAAGAAAGCUGAAGUUACGGAAUCCGAGCCAGAAAAAGCGGACACAGACACCAGGGAGAAGGAGGAUAAGACCAAGGAAGAAGCCCCUGCAGAGCCGGUGGCCAAGGAGAAGCCUGUUCACAAACACAGACGUGGUGCAGCGCAGGAGGGAAGCCCUACAUUCAUGGCCAACGUCUUCGCGGGACUGGCGGUCUACAAGACCAAGAUGCUCAACUAUCUGGCUCGCAACUUCUACAACCUUCGUUUUCUGGCUCUGUUUGUGGCCUUUGCCAUCAACUUCAUCCUUCUGUUCUACAAAGUGGCAGGUGAUGGGGCAGAUGAGGAAGAGGACUCCUGGGAAAAUGGUGAUGAUGAUGAAGAGGACGACGAUGACGGUGGUAUGGAGUACUAUGUGCUUCAGGAGAACACAGGCUACAUGGCUCCCUCUUUGACCUUCCUGGCUAUCAUACACACGGUCCUCUCUCUCCUAUGCGUUUUGGGAUAUUACUGUCUGAAGGUCCCUCUGGUGGUAUUCAAGCGGGAGAAGGAGAUUGCCAGGAGUCUGGAGUUUGAAGGCAUAUAUAUCACCGAGCAGCCGUCUGACGAUGACAUCAAAGGACAGUGGGACCGAUUGGUUAUCAACACUCCAUCUUUUCCCAGUAAUUACUGGGACAAAUUUGUCAAGAGGAAGGUCAUUAAUAAAUAUGGUGAUUUGUAUGGGGCUGAGCGUAUCGCUGAACUGCUUGGUUUGGAUAAGAGUGCCCUGGACUUUGACCCCACAAUAGAGACAGUGGUCCCAGAGCCAUCCCUUGUUUCCUGGUUGAGUUCUAUUGACACCAAGUACCAUAUUUGGAAAAUGGGCGUGGUUCUGACAGACAAUUCCUUCCUAUAUCUGGUCUGGUACACCGUCAUGUCCAUUCUGGGUCACUACAACAACUUCUUCUUCGCCGCCCACUUGCUGGACAUCGCCAUGGGCGUCAAGACCCUGAGGACCAUCCUGUCCUCCGUAACUCAUAAUGGCAAACAGCUGAUGCUGACCGUUGGGCUGUUGGCUGUGGUGGUGUACCUCUACACAGUCGUGGCCUUCAACUUCUUCCGCAAGUUCUACAACAAGAGUGAAGACGAGGACGACCCCGACAUGAAAUGCGACGACAUGAUGACUUGCUACUUGUUUCACAUGUACGUCGGUGUCAGAGCUGGCGGUGGCAUCGGUGACGAGAUUGAAGACCCGGCCGGAGAUCCCUCCGAACUUUACCGUAUCCUCUUCGACAUCACCUUCUUCUUCUUCGUCAUUGUCAUCCUACUGGCUAUCAUUCAGGGUUUGAUUAUUGAUGCCUUUGGAGAGUUGAGAAGCCAGCAAGACCAAGUAAAGGAGGAUAUGGAGACAAAAUGCUUCAUCUGUGGAAUUGGUAAUGACUACUUUGACAGAACACCUCACGGCUUCGAGACCCACACCUUACAAGAGCACAACUUGGCCAACUACCUGUUUUUCCUGAUGUAUCUGAUUAACAAGGAUGAGACCGAGCACACGGGUCAGGAAUCGUUUGUGUGGAAGAUGUACCAGGAGAGGUGCUGGGACUUCUUCCCAGCUGGAGACUGUUUCCGCAAGCAAUAUGAGGACCAGCUAUGCUAAAGAAGACUGCACUGAGUCCCCUGAGAUCUGACUGAGACCACUAACUCUGAACCCUUAAAAAAAAAAAAAAAAAACAAGAACCUCUAAACUAGCUUUUACCUCCAUGUUGUUGAGUCCAAGAAAGUAAUCCCUUACAAA